UACUGCAGAGAUUCAACUCCUGUCCUGCUGCAUGUGACAUUGACAUCAAUCGAGGCGACAUGAGGCUCACGGCUCUGCUGUCCAUGGCAGCCCGGGUGGUGGUGCCCAAGGAUUACCGCUACGGCACCAACAGACCGUGGACCGUGGCGGCCAAGAGGCUGAACCCGCCGGGCAAGAAGCGGAGGAAGGUGUUCGUGGAGCCGCUGGAGCCGGAGGACUGGACGGUGCUGCGGGGAGACCUGGUUGAGAUUCUUGCAGGAAAGGACAAGGGUAAGCAGGGAAAGGUGAUCCAAGUGUUCAGACGCAGAAACUGGGUGAUCCUGGCGGGAUUGAACACGCAUUACAGGUAUAUUGGAAAAACAGGAGAUUAUCGUGGUACCUACAUUGCCAGUGAAGCUCCCCUUCUGCUUCGUGAUGUCACCCUCAUUGACCCCUCAGACAGGAAGCCCACUGAGAUUGAGUGGAGGUUCACGGAGGAGGGGGAGAGGGUGCGAGUGUCGGUCAGGACAGGCCGAAUUAUUCCAAAGCCUGUCGUAGAGCGGCGAGACGGCAUCGUGCCACAGCAGUGGAAAGAUGGGCCCAAAGACACAAGUCCUGAAGACGCUCUGGCAAAGACCUACGUUCCAUCUCUGAAAACCCUGGAGGAGGAGGUGAUGGAGAAACUGGGAAUCCAGGAGCCCAGGAGGCACCGGAGGUCGUACUGGUACUGAUCAGGAACGCUGGAGACAUUCAUGCUCGGCAUUGCUCUCAUGGGGACCUGAACGUGCAUCGUUGUUGUGGUGGCUGUCCAGCCUCCAACCUCUGCAUGGUGGUGAAAAGAGGAUUUUGAAUGGACUUAAAAGUACUGUUGCAACAUAUUAUUUGUAAACAUAAAAAUGUAAAUGUUGACUUGAAACAUAAAGAUUUGCUGAAA